AGAAAGAAAAUUACCCCCCCCCCCCCCCCCCCCCCCUCUCUCUCUCUCGAUUCAAGGAAGAUUCAAAGAGGGAAAAACCCAAAUGGCGGAUUCGAGAGUUUUCCGAGAUUAUGCUUUGUUUCUGUUGAUGGUUUCCGGGUUCUCGAUCGGCUCGAGCGGGUCGGGCGUGGGGGUGAACUGGGGCACUCAGGCGACCCACCAGCUGCCGGCGAAGAAGGUGGUGAAGAUGAUGAAGGAGAAUGGGUUCGAUAAACUGAAGCUCUUCGAGGCCGAUCGGAAGAUUCUGGAAGCUUUGAUUGGGACCGACAUUGAAGUGAUGCUGGCCAUUCCCAAUAACAUGCUCCAGCAGAUGAGUGAAGAUCCGGAAUCUGCUGCUUCCUGGGUCGAAGCCAAUGUCACUAGCCAUGCCUACAAUGGUGGAGUCAAUAUCAAGUAUGUAGCGGUAGGCAACGAGCCUUUUCUCGGAGCAUACAAUGGGUCCUAUCUCCCAUUCACAUUACCAGCUCUGAGAAACAUACAGGAAGCUCUCAACGACGCGAAGCUCGGAUCGGAGAUCAAGGCCACCAUCCCCUUCAACGCCGACAUCUAUUUCUCCCCAGAGUCGAAUCCAGUCCCGUCGGCCGGCGACUUCCGGCCGGAAGUCCGGGACUUAACUAUCCGGAUAAUCCAGUAUCUCCACUCAAACGACGCUCCGUUCACCGUCAACAUCUACCCUUUUCUAAGCCUCUACGGCAAUGCUUUCUUCCCUUUCGAUUACGCCUUCUUCGACGGCUCCAACAAGCCGGUGAAGGACGGAGGCUAUGUCUACACCAAUGUGUUUGACGCCAAUUACGAUACUUUGGUUUGGGCGCUGAACAAGGCCGGCUUCCCCGACAUGAAGAUCAUCGUCGGAGAAGUCGGUUGGCCGACCGACGGAGACAAGAACGCGAAUGUUGAAAACGCCAAAAGAUUCAACCAGGGCAUGCUCAACCACGCGUUGAGCGGAAACGGUACUCCGGCCCGGAAAGGCGCGAUCGACGUGUACCUCUUCAGCCUCAUCGACGAAAACGCGAAGAGCAUCGCGCCGGGCAGCUUCGAGAGGCACUGGGGCAUCUUCGAGUUCGACGGAAAGCCAAAAUACGAGUUGGAUUUGAGCGGCAUCGGGCAGAACAAGGGCUUAAUUCCAGUUCAAAACGUCGAAUACAUGAUCAAGAGAUGGUGCGUUCUGAACCCAGAAGCCAAAGAUCUGGAGGACUUGCCGAAGAGCAUCGACUACGCCUGUAGCCUCUCGGAUUGCACGGCUCUCGGCUACGGCUCGUCCUGCAACCAUCUGGGAGUGAAGGGCAACGCUUCGUAUGCCUUCAACAUGUACUACCAGUUGCAGAGCCAGAACAGCUGGGACUGUGACUUCUCCGGCUUGGCCGUGGUGACCGAGGAGGAUCCCUCAGACGAGAAGUGCCAUUUUCCGGUGAUGAUCGCGGAGAGCAGGCGGUUGAUGGUGAUGCACGGGACGCUUUUGGGGAUCUUGCUUGCUGUUCUUGAGGGGUGUAUAGUGUUCUUGCUUCUGGUGUCUUAGCUUGAGGCCGGCCUGGUGAAGUGAACAUAUAUAGGACUUGAAAUAAAAAUAUUCAUCAUGAUUCUAUUUUAUAAGUUCAGCGGAUUUUUUUAUAAUGAUUUGAUAAUAAUUUCUUUUCUAUUUUUCAAUUUUUAAAAAUGAUUAUACGACAAACUAAAAUGAUAGAACAACCCCUUCUAUGUAGAUAUUA